AUGCCAGCUGAGUCCGAUAUCCAACAUGUCACCGGCGUCUCGAUUCGGACUCGGACCAUGCCUCAGUUCAGCGGGAGCGAGAAGCCGCGCAGGUGGAUAAAACGAUACCGCACCGAGGUCGCUGCCUCCGCCGCCAGCGUUCUCUCUACCGUCACCGCGUUCCCCCUUGACAGUGUCAAGACUCGCAUGCAAACCUAUCCCUAUAAUGGAGCCUUGCACUGCGUUCGAAUGACACAUCGGUUGGAGGGCAUCCAUGGUUUCUUUCGUGGUGUGACCGCUCCCUUGGCUAGUGUGACCCUCGUACGAACUAUUUCCUUCUCGAUCUACCAGCGCUCGAAACACGACUACUCCAACUGGAUGAAAAAGCAUAUGGGGUUUUGUCCACUCGAGCAUGUCAAUGCGGCUGGCACCUAUCCCAACCUGGGCACCAUUGCCUGCUUUGGGGCCGCCGGAGCCACUGCCGGCUCCUGCAUCACAUUCAUAGCCUGCCCUUUCGAAUUGACCAAGCUAAGCGCACAGGUCUCGGUUCUCAUGGCGAACCAGAAGAACGCCGAUCCCAAGAAACAGGCUAUCGCGAUGAGCUAUCACAACAAAGGAACAUUCAAGACCCUAGCCAACAUCGUCAAACAUCGAGGUUAUAGUGGCAUGUAUACUGGACUGAAUCUGCACCUGUUGAGAGAUACACUGGGAACUGGAAUCUAUUUCGCCACCUACGAGAGCAGCAAGCAUUUUCUGACGACGUUCCUCGGAAAGGAUGCCCAUAAGAACCCAAUUGCCGUUCUGGCUGCGGGAGGUCUUUGUGGCAUCGUUUCCUGGGCUUUAAUCUACCCUAUCGAUUCGGUCAAGAGCAUCUACCAGCGAAAUGCCUUGAUGUACUCGAAGGGGCAGAAGGUUCCCAUCCCCAAGAUCCAGUUCUUCAGACGCGACAUGUACCGCGGGCUCGGUGUGUCUAUGGGACGUUCAGCCGCGGUCAAUGCGGUGUUCUUUUCGGCAUUUGAGUUCCUCAAGAAGAAGAUCAACGCUCUCCAGGAUUAA